AUGCCUCGUCUUCAGAUAUUACACCAUAAAUCUUAUCAUCCUUACCUGGAGAAGAACAAGCAACGAGUUCGAGAAGAUGAAGCUCGAGCAGCAGCAGAGGAGCUGGCGAAGGAGCAAAAGGAGAUAGAUACUGAAGCAGGCAAUCGAUUAUCGCAACUACGAAGACGAGCCGGUUCACCGUCUUUCGCUGAGGACGAUAAUCUGCCUUCUACUUCGACAAGUCGAGAUUCAGGUAAGAGCCUCAUAGAGAAACACAGAGAGAAGAAAGCUCGAGAGGAGAAAAGGGAGAGGAAGAAACGGGAUAGAUUGGACUUUGAUUUUCCCAGUGAGACUGCUAGGAGGAAUAAAGGGAAAGAGAGGCAACGAGAACAACAUGACGAUGAAGAGGGAAGAGGGAUGGAAAAAUGGGAAACUGGAGGUCAUCUGAACCUAUUCGCGGAUUUAGAGAAGGAUCCCCACUUGAACAAACCUCAACCUACCUUAGCUGAGAUAGCCAAAACCAAGAAAGAUCAAGAAUCCGAUCCGUUCACCUUAUACCUCGGCAGACCAGAUAAGGAGACCAAACCUUGGUAUGCGGACAAAGAUCUAAAGAGAGUAGAGGAUAAAGAAGUGGGUGAUGAGGCGGAUGAAAGGCGAGAGAGAGAUAGACGUAAAGAUGCAAGAUCAAAAAAUCGUAAUGAUCCUUUAACUCAUAUAUCCACAUUACUCUCAUCAUCCUCCUCAUCGAAAUCGCAUUCCAAACACCACCAUCAUCAUCAGCAUAGUAAUCACAAUAAACCCUCAAAUCCCAUCGAAGCUAGGAAAUGUAGAGAAAUGUCAGAGCGAGAAAGAGCUCUAGCGUUAAUUGCUAAAUCCAAAGCUCCACCUUGUAUACCCGGCGGAUGGGACGAUACGCCUUCCUCGGCGGCAGGGGGAAGAACAUGGGCGGAAGAGUGGGAGAGAGAACAGGCGAAUGCGGGUAGAAGGUUCUUUGAGCGGCCGGAUAGGUCGAAUGGGAGGAGUUGGGAAGUGUAG